AUGGAACGUUUAAACAAUACAUUAACGAUGAAUGAGUCAAAAAAUGAUCAGGACACCAUCGAUGUCAAUAAUGCUUUUAUUGAAAGUCCAACGAAACAAGAUGAUAGGCCAGUGAUCAGGCGAACAUCACGUGACUUGUCUCGAAAAAAACUAGCUGCCUUCGUUUCGACGGCUAUUGCCAUUGGUGUCAUAAUAUUAGUCAUUAUAAUACCUAUUUUAGGUCUUCGAAAAAGUGGUUGA